UAUAGAUGACCAACCCAAGACCUUUAUUCUACUUCGCUUCAACUGCCAUUCACAAUGAGCGUACGAAACCACUCAUCAAGGACUCAGCCAACCAACACAUCUAGCGAAGCAGCAGCUCGUGGAAACUCGCAUCGACCUCGUAGCAAAAUCGGUCGGUUUCUGAAGAAGCUUAAGGAGGAUGCGAAAAAGUCAAGGACGCGCUUGAAGGAUUCCCGCAGCACUGGCCCUCCUCCCGAAAAUGUCGUUCAUGACGAACGUGCUUCGUCAAACCCAAAUAUCGAGGUUCAGGCUGGUCCGUCUACUGUAAAACCAGAGCCUGAUAUCCAAUCGGCGCUUAGGGAUGCACAGGAUGCUACAAAGCACAUGCAUUCACUUCCGGGACCUGCGAUAACUGUGGCGUCUGCUGGUCAGAAUGCACAAGCGGAUCUCGAUACUGCAGGCAAGUUUGAGGACACGUAUCUCAAACCCCUCAAGAUAUUCGAUACUGUUAUCGGAGAGAUUGCGAAUGUCCAUCCAUAUGCAAAGAUGGCAUUGGGAGUGUUGUCUUGUGCAGCCAAAAUUGUUCUAGCUCAAGUAGAUCGCGACAAAGCAGUACUCAAGCUUGUCAAUAAGCUGUGCCAAGUUUACAGUUUUAUAACACAAGACAAAGAUCGGAUGCUUGGCCAAAUCCCGUCGAUGCGCAUUAUCCUUGGACAGAUUUCUCAGCAGACCCUCGAAUGCGCUCAAUUCAUUCAAAACUAUUCGGAGACCAAGAACUUUUGGAAGAGACUCACACAGAACGUCGCCUCAGAAACGAAAGAUACCAUCGAACAGUACAGUAACGUGUUGGAUACGCUCAUGCAAAACUUUCGGAACCAAGUCGCUCACGACGUAGCCUUAUACGUCCACCGUACGGGAGAAAUACAGGAUCUCAGUGGCAUGACUUACGCAGCUGGCGCAGGCCUAGAUACCAGGAAACAAUGCCUCGAAGGAACGCGCAUGGAAAUCCUUUCCCAGAUCACGGAUUGGGUCAACCGCACUGGUAACGACGUUCAACCCGUGCUGUGGCUAUCUGGCCCUGCAGGCAAGGGGAAAUCGGCCAUCGCCCACACCAUUGCCAAGUGGUUCAAGGACGUGGGAGGGCUUGGUUUGUGCUACUGCUUUGACCGCGAGCAGGAAGCAGCUCGUCGCCAUGAAAAGAUCUUUUCCACGAUCGCGCGCGACCUGGCUGACCGUGACCCGGAGAUGAGACGGGCGUUAGCAGAUGCAGUUCAGAACGCGAAUGAUCUUAAGAAUACGGCGGAUAUCACCCAGCAGUGGCAGAAGCUUCUCAUCGAGCCACUAGGAAAGUCAUCUGGGUCUACUGAUAAACCCAUCGUGAUUGUGAUCGAUGCACUGGACGAAAGCGGCGGAGCAGAGACGCGGAGAGACCUCCUCCGUAUUCUAGCUGGCAAACAUCGAAACCCCGACGUUCCCAAAAUAACAGACCUCCCGAACAACUUCCGCUUCAUCAUCACUUCUCGGCCGCUCGGUGACAUCCAUAAUGAGUUUCACGAUGUUCGGCAUAUUCGACAGAUGUCGAUGGACGAUAUUCCACCAGAUUCGCAAUCCUCGCUGAGAAAGCUGAUGGACUUUUCGAGUGGGCGCGUCUCGCCUGCGGAUAUAUCCAAGAGCCUCAUUUUGGGAUAUCUCCAAUUGAUUGCUAUAAGGCUGUAGUGUCACACAAUCCUGUCGAGAGAAGCAUGCUGUUGUACAGCAUGUAUGAUCUCAUUUUAACAAAUAUUUUGCCCAAGAAUACAUCCACACAUGUCCAGCAUUCGCAGAAUCUACGUUCGACGGCGCUAGCCAGAUUCCACUCAGUGAUGGGGCAAAU